CCGCCAAGCUUCAGAGCGCUGAGCCGCUCCCCAAUGUCGGAUGCCUGGGAGCGCAAGGCGCGGGACCCCUUUGCCGGCAGCGAGGAGCAGGACGAGGUGCCCCACCAGGUGACAGUGACAGCCACGCAAGCCCCCGGCGGCCAGUGCCAGUGCCCGGAGGAGGAGCCCAGCGGGGCUCCCCAGAAGCGGACAAGCACCCAGAAUGGGAUGCAGGACAGUGGGGGUGGGGGCACGGGGGUGAAGAAGAAACGGAAGAAAAAGGAUCUGGGAGAGCAGGAAGGGGGAGAAAAAGCAGCUGUGGAGGUGAAACCAAAGAGGAGGAGAGAGCCUAAAGAACCAAAAGAGCCUAAAAAGGCUAAGGAGCCCAAGAAGCCGAAGGAGCCCAAGCAGAAGGAGGUGGCCAAGAAGCCCCGGAAACCCCGGGAACCCAAAGCCCCCAAGGAGCCUAAAGACAAGAAGAGCGGCUCUGAGCCUGCCCCCAGAGCGAGACCCAAGAAGAGCAGCAAGGACACCCCUGUGGAGAAGAAGAAGAAAGGCAAGAGGAAAAAUGAGAUACCAGUGGACAGUUUGGAUUUGGAUCAGGAUCUGCUGAGCCCAUCCGCGCAGAGCCCAGAGGAGUCUGCAGAGUCGGCCGACAGCCAGAAACGCCGCUCAGGACGGCAAGUGAAGAGGAGAAAGUACAACGAGGACCUGGAUUUCAAAGUGGUGGAUGAUGACGGCGAGACAAUAGCCGUGCUGGGAGCAGGGCGAACCUCCGCGCUCUCUGCCUCAACUCUGGCAUGGCAGGCAGAGGAGCCUCCCGAGGAUGAUGCCAAUAUCAUCGAGAAGAUCCUUGCCUCCAGGAUGGUGCAGAAGGAGGCUCACCCCGGAGGCCUGGCGUUUGAGAUGGAGGAGUUCUACGUCAAGUACAGGAACUUCUCCUACCUCCACUGUAAGUGGGCAACUCUGGAGGAGCUGGAGAAGGACCCCAGGAUCUCCCAGAAGAUAAAGCGCUUCCGAAACAAGCAGGCUCAGAUGAAGCAUAUUUUUACAGAGCCCGAUGAGGAUUUGUUCAACCCAGACUACGUGGAGGUAGAUCGAAUUCUGGAGGUGGCUCACACGAAGGACCCAGACACCGGGGAGGAGGUGACUCACUACCUGGUGAAGUGGUGCUCGCUGCCCUACGAGGAGAGCACCUGGGAGCUGGAGGAGGAUGUCGACCCAGGGAAGAUUAAAGAGUUUGAAGCCCUCCAAAUCCCUCCAGAAAUCAAGCACAUGGAGCGCCCGGCAUCUGAGUCCUGGCAGAAACUGGAGAAGUCCCGGGAGUAUAAGAACAGCAACCAGCUGCGGGAGUAUCAGCUGGAGGGAAUGAACUGGCUGCUCUUUAACUGGUAUAACAGGAAGAACUGCAUCCUGGCUGACGAGAUGGGGCUGGGGAAGACAAUCCAGUCAAUCACCUUCCUCUCAGAAAUAUUCCUGAUGGGCAUCCAUGGCCCCUUCCUCAUCAUCGCGCCUCUCUCCACCAUCACCAACUGGGAGAGGGAGUUCCGCACUUGGACGGAGAUGAAUGCCAUUGUGUACCACGGCAGCCAGAUCAGCCGGCAGAUGAUCCAGCAGUACGAGAUGGUGUACAGGGACACACAGGGUAACCCUCUCCCGGGGAUCUUCAAGUUCCAGGUGGUUAUCACCACCUUUGAGAUGAUCCUUGCCGACUGCCCGGAGCUGAAGAAGAUCCAGUGGCGCUGCGUGGUCAUUGACGAGGCACAUCGCCUGAAGAACAGGAACUGCAAACUCCUGGAGGGGCUGAAGCUCAUGGCUCUGGAGCACAAGGUGCUGCUGACGGGGACCCCCCUGCAGAACUCAGUGGAGGAGCUCUUCAGCCUCCUGAAUUUCCUGGAGCCACAGCAGUUCCCCUCGGAGACAGCCUUCCUGGAGGAGUUCGGAGACCUGAAGACAGAGGAGCAGGUGAAGAAGCUGCAGUCCAUCCUGAAGCCCAUGAUGCUGCGACGGCUGAAGGAUGAUGUAGAGAAGAAUCUGGCACCCAAGCAGGAGACCAUCAUUGAGGUGGAGCUGACCAACAUCCAGAAGAAAUACUACCGGGCCAUCCUGGAGAAGAACUUUUCCUUCCUCUCCAAGGGUGCCAACCAGCACAAUAUGCCCAACCUCAUCAACACCAUGAUGGAGCUGCGGAAGUGCUGCAAUCACCCGUAUCUCAUCAACGGAGCAGAGGAGAAGAUCCUGGAAGACUUCCGUAAGACACACAGCCCGGAGGCGCCAGACUUCCAGCUGCAGGCAAUGAUCCAGGCGGCUGGGAAGCUGGUGCUCAUCGAUAAGCUGCUUCCCAAGCUGAUCGCUGGUGGACACAAGGUGCUCAUCUUCUCCCAGAUGGUGCGCUGCCUCGACAUCCUGGAGGACUAUCUCAUUCAGAGGCGGUACACCUACGAGCGCAUCGACGGGCGGGUGCGCGGGAACCUGCGCCAGGCUGCCAUCGAUCGCUUCUGCAAGCCCGACUCGGAUCGCUUUGUCUUUCUCCUGUGCACGCGGGCGGGCGGGCUGGGCAUCAACCUGACCGCUGCCGACACCUGCAUCAUCUUUGAUUCCGACUGGAACCCACAGAACGACCUCCAGGCUCAAGCUCGCUGCCACCGGAUCGGGCAGAGCAAGGCGGUGAAAGUGUAUCGCCUCAUCACCAGGAACUCCUACGAGCGGGAGAUGUUCGACAAGGCCAGCCUGAAGCUGGGCCUGGAUAAGGCCGUGCUGCAGGACAUCAACCGCAAGGGCAGCACCAACGGGGUUCCGCAGCUCUCAAAGAUGGAGGUGGAGGACCUGCUGCGGAAAGGUGCCUAUGGUGCUCUCAUGGAUGAGGAGGACGAAGGAUCGAAGUUCUGCGAGGAAGAUAUUGAUCAGAUCCUCCAGCGCAGGACGCAGACCAUCACGAUCCAGUCUGAGGGAAAGGGCUCCACCUUUGCCAAGGCCAGCUUCGUAGCAUCAGGAAACAGAACUGACAUUUCCUUAGAUGACCCCAACUUCUGGCAAAAGUGGGCCAAGAUAGCGGAGCUCGAUACGGACGCCAAGAAUGAAAAGGAGAGCCUGGUCAUCGACAGGCCUCGGGUGCGGAAGCAAACCAAACACUACAACUCCUUCGAAGAGGAUGAACUGAUGGAGUUCUCCGAGCUGGACAGUGACUCGGACGAGCGACCCACGCGCUCGCGGCGCUUCAACGAGAAGACGCGACGGUACCUGCGGGCUGAGUGCUUCCGCGUGGAGAAGAACCUGCUCAUCUUUGGCUGGGGACGCUGGAAAGAUAUCCUGACCCAUGGGCGCUUCAAGUGGCACCUGAACGAGAAGGACAUGGAGAUGAUUUGUCGGGCCUUGCUGGUCUAUUGCGUCAAACACUACAAGGGGGAUGAGAAGAUUAAGAGUUUUAUCUGGGAUCUCAUCACGCCGACGAAGGACGGCCAGAACCAGGCUCUGCAGAAUCACUCAGGUAUU